AUGGUGCGCUGUUUAUGGGUCCUACCAGAAGACUUGUCGAGGAUUUAUGUUGCCAUUCCGAAAGUGACUUCGGCUAUGGGUGAAAGACCACCGCGGCUAUCUCGUCUGGUGGUUCAAGAUUUCAAUGAGAAUGAUAAGGGUACCUACACUUGUAGCAGAAAGAGCACUAUCACGGGACCACCCAACCCAACUCCUGCCAAAGUGGAUCUCAUCAUGCGCCCUCGUCUCCUCGCCGACUUCACCUCUCUAUCACGCACGGAGACGGAUGAGGUGGUCAUGACAGGUUAUCGAGUGAGUGUGCCCCUUGAAGAGGGUCUCGAGGGUGGUCUAGUGUGUCGCACAAAUCCUACCUUUAAUGAACCUAUUCGUGUGACCUGGUUCUACCAUGGACGCCAGUUGAUUGGACCCGCGGCAUCAAUGUCGGAAGGGGUCGAUUUGCCCAAGGCUUCAGACCAUAAAGAGAGGAAGAAGAAUAGACAAAGAAAGCAUCAGACUAGAGAUAGCACUUUGCAAAUGGGAGGAAGAGGAGGCAGUCCUUUAAAAAAGCUUUCCGAUGCUGUCUUCAGACCGGCUGUGGUAGAUCCGGCUGAACUGGGAGUCUCGUUGGAAAAUAACUCACAGGUGAGGCAUUACUUUAUAUCAAAAGCUUGGAAAAAGUGA